CUUGUCUAUUGGAAAUUUAUUAUUUUUUUAAAUAUUCAUUUAUCAAAGUUCCUGUUGUGGAAAGAAUCAGAUAGAUUAGCAUUUUUUUUCCAAACAAAAAACCACAUCUGACUAUGAAUUUUGUUUAAGAACUUCAAGAAUUAUUCAGCAUCGUAACCUCUUCAUUACGAAAUCUUCUGAACUCUUUGAAAUCAUGACAGUUCAAUUCUUGGUGCCUAUUCUGCUGGUUACUUUGAGGGCUUGUUUGGUAGAAUCAUCCUGCGCUGCCUGCAGCACUUUUAGCCAGCCACUGGGAGAGCAAGCUAAGAAAGAGAUACUGGUGGAAGUGGCCAAGCAGAACCUCCUGAGCAAACUUCACUUGAGACAGCGGCCAAACAUCUCACACACUGUGUCCAGGGAGACGCUGGCACAGGCAUUGCAGAGACUGAACAUCAGGUCGGAUGAGGAUUCAUUAUUAGAAUUUCCAGAAGAGAAUAUUCAACUGAAUGAUGAUUUAGGCACUGAUCAGGACUAUGAAAUUAUCAGCUUUGCUGACAUAGACAGCUCCCAGGCCUCUAGAACAAUCCUUCAUUUCCAUCUCAAUGCAGAAAAAGGUAAACAACAGGAGAUCAAUAAUGCAGAUGUAUGGCUCUAUCUGCAGACACCUCCUGAAGGCAGGGUAUCUGUGGCAGUAACAACAUCCCGAUCCAAGAAGCAGACAGUGAAAGACACAGUCCAAGUGGAAGUAGUAAGGAAAAACUGGUACACUGUUACUUUGCCAACCCUUUCCAAAACAGCUCUUAGUGGUGAAGAAAACAUAUACCUAGAACUGGAGUGCUUUGAAUGCCAGCAUCCACCUCUAAUGAACAAUAUUAGUGAUGCGCAUCGCCCAUUCCUAGUUGUAAAAGCACACAACAAGAAGACUUCCCCUCGCAUUCGUAGGCAUAUCACCGAAUGUGUCAGUGACUUGGAUAUGUGCUGUCGGAAGAACUUUUAUAUUGAUUUCAAAGAGAUUGGCUGGAGUGACUGGAUUAUAAGUCCAGAGGGGUACCACAUGAACCUCUGCGAAGGCAAAUGUCCUAUUCACCUAGCCAGAGUACCAGGGAUUGCUGCAUCUAGUCAUACUGCUAUAUUCAGCCUCAUUAAGGCCAACAACAUGUAUGCCAGCCUUAGCUCCUGCUGUGUUCCCACCAAGCGGAGGCCUUUGUCAGUACUCUAUUUUGAUAAAUAUAAUGUCAUUGUCAAAACAGAUAUUCCAGAUAUGAUUGUAGAAAGUUGCGGUUGUACCUAGUGCCUACUUCUGCCUUUAAGUUGCCAUGGGUUUUAUCCUACUGAGUAUGUGAACUUCCUUUUUUAGAUGUGUAUAAUAUGUUGCUUCAGUAUGUUUACCUGUUUAUACACAUUUCUGUUAAGAAAAAAAAUGUACAUGUUCAAGUACACUGAUCAUGAGCCACAGCUUAUCUAAUCAACGCUGGCCGGGAGAGCAAAGCUGAUGCAGGUGGGCAAUGAGGAAUCAUGAUAUAGACUCCAUUACAGAAAGUCAAACUUACAUUUAACAAAAAUAGAAAAUUUAAAUGAUAUUAUUCCAAUAGUUAAUUGACUUUUACUUUAAAUCACUAGUCAGUUGAAACACCAACAAGAAAUAGUCAGGGAGUCAUACAGAAGGAAUUGACUAAAUGUCUCAAAUAAAAUUUUGGCUUAUCUAAAA